AUGGUCUCUGUUCUUCAGAAAAUUCUAGGCGACCCAAACGAAAAGGCUCUUAAAAAGCUGGGCUCCAUCAAGGGCAGGGUGAACGCCCUGGAGCACGAGUUUCAGAGUCUCACUGACGAACAAUUGCGAUCAAAAACUGACGAAUUCCGUCAGAGGUUGCAGGGGCGGGAGGGCUUGGAUGACCUGUUGGCCGAGGCCUUCGCCACAGUCAGGGAAUCCGCCCGCAGGAACUUGGGACAGCGACAUUACGACGUCCAGAUCAUAGGCGGAACAGCCCUUCACGAGGGUAAGAUCGCCGAGAUGCGGACCGGAGAAGGGAAGACGCUGGUUGCAACACUGGCGGUCUAUGCCAAUGCGCUGCCAGGGCGCGGAGUCCACGUCGUAACGGUCAACGACUAUCUCGCCCGGCGCGAUCCGGUGUGGAUGGGGCCGGUGUAUCACGCCCUGGGGCUCACGGUGGGAUGCCUGCAACACGACACGGGGUUCGUAUACGACCCCAACGAGUCGGGCGGCAAACUUCCAUGGCUGCGGCAAGUUUCGCGAGAGGAAGCGUACCUCGCGGAUAUCACGUAUGGAACCAACAACGAGUUUGGUUUCGACUACCUGCGAGACAACAUGGCCCUUUCCGCAGACCGGCGGGUACAGCGCGAGUUGAAUUACGCGAUCGUCGACGAGGUGGACAACAUACUCAUUGACGAGGCCCGCACCCCACUCAUAAUCAGCGGACCUGCCGAGGAACCAGUCCAGCUCUACCAGAGCUUCGCCCGGCUGGUUCCCCGCCUGGACCCUGCCGAGGACUACACCAUCGAUGACCGCUCCCAGGCCAUUUCGUUGACCCAGGAUGGCAUCGCAAAAAUGGAGCAGUGGACCAACACGUCCAACUUGUACGAUCCCGAGAAUUUUCACCUGGUCCACUACAUGGAAAACGCCCUCACCGCCUACGUGAUGAAGCAGCGGGACAAGGAUUAUGUCUUGCGGGACGGCGAGGUCGUGAUCGUAGACGAGUUCACCGGCAGGCUCCAGCCGGGCCGCCGCUGGUCCGACGGCCUGCACCAGGCGGUGGAGGCCAAGGAAGGCCUGCGGAUCCAGCGUGAGAGCAUCACAUACGCGACCGUAACGCUGCAGAACUACUUCAGGAUGUACGAGAAGCUGGCGGGGAUGACAGGAACGGCCGCCACCGAGGCAGACGAGUUUUUCCGCAUCUACGGCCUGGAAGUCGUAGAGGUGCCCACGAACCAGUCGAUGCAGCGGCAGGACCUGUCGGACUUGGUUUACCAGUCCGGUGAAGGGAAGUGGAAGGCGGUCGCCGACAAGAUCGUAGAACUGCACGAGACGCAACAACCUCUGCUCAUCGGGACCACCUCAAUCGAAGACUCGGAGUUCCUCAGCGAGCGGCUGCGUCGUCUUGGCGUCCGCCAUCAGGUGUUGAACGCCAAGAACCACGAGGGAGAGGCGAGUAUCAUCUCCCAGGCCGGUCGGUUGGGCGCGGUAACUGUUUCCACCAACAUGGCUGGGCGAGGAACCGACAUCGUCCUCGGCGGUGCCGACACCACCCGUGAGGACUGGCAGCAGGAACACGACCACGUGGUGGAGCUUGGGGGCCUCUACGUCCUCGGAACCGAGCAUCACGACGCCCGCCGCAUCGACAACCAGCUGCGGGGACGCGCCGGCAGGCAGGGCGACCCGGGCAGCUCUCAGUUCUACGUGUCGCUGGAGGAUGAGCUCAUGCAGCGCUUCGGCGGCGAUCGCAUCAAGACAGUCAUGGGCUGGACCGGUCUGGAAGAGGACACACCGGUAGAGAACAAACUGGUCACCAAGUCGAUCAGUGGCGCGCAGGUCAAGGUGGAGGGCUAUCACUUUGACAUGCGCAAGCACUUGCUUGAAUUCGACGACGUUCUUAACAAGCAGCGCGAAGUGAUCUACGGGGACCGGCACCAGGCUCUGGACGGCGGCGAUCUGCGAGAGAAAACGCUGGACAUGCUCCGUCAGUCAUACACCCGCCUGGUGGGCCAGCAUCUGCCAGGCCGCCACUCGGACGACUGGAAUCCCGGUGGUCUGAUAGACGAGUUGGGCCAGAUCGGGCCGGUGCCUAAGGAGCUGGACGAAGAAGAGAAGGUAUUCCAGUACACCUUGGACCAUAUCAUGAGCAUACUCUCGGCUCACGCUGAAGCGACCUAUGCUGAGCGAGAGGAAUCCAUUGGAUCAGAGCAGAUGCGGCUCACCGAGCGGUUUCUGCUGAUGCGGGCGAUCGACUCCCACUGGAUCCAGCACCUGACGGCCAUGGAAAAUCUGCGGACGGGCAUCGGCCUGCAUGCGUAUGGCCAGCGAGACCCGCUGGUAAUGUAUCGCAGCGAAGGGCAGAAAAUGUUCCACGACCUGCAGGAUCGUAUACAGAGGGACGUAGUCCGCACGCUGUUCCAUGUCGCGGUGGACCCGGCUCAGAUGGCUUCGCAAAUGGGCGGCAACGGCUCAUCCCGCCGAAGCAGGUCGACAGGAAGUCCUAUGCGGGCGGUGAGCGGGCCCAAUCGCAACGCGCAGCCUGCGGGGGGCGCCAAGGUGGGACGUAACGCCAGCUGUCCGUGCGGAAGCGGCCGCAAGUACAAGAGGUGCUGCGGCAAGGCAGCCUAG